AUGCCGCUUCUUCGGCCCAAAUUCUGUUUUCCCGGCGCGGUACCUCUUCGUGCGGUCCCUGUGCCGGUGCUGGUAUCGGUGCUGGUGCCGGUGCUGGUACCGGUGUCGGUGCUGGUGCUGGUGACGGUGCUGGUACCGGUGCUGGUGCCACCGGCUCCCGUUGAGGCGGCGCCCGCUGCGGUUCUGGGACCGGCCUGUCAUCUACAUAUAUCCACAAUACUUACCCACCGACACAGCCGCAUUCCAAUCACUGACAACUUUGUGAUUGAACGCAAACUGCGCGCCGGUUAUAAACUGCAAUGCGUCGAAGAUCUAGUGUAUCAGAUUUACACCGCUGGGGCCCUGUUCCGCAAGAUCAACAACUUCCUGUGGCCGUUCAAGCUUAACACCCCAACCGGUGGCUGGCGCAAGAAGAAUAACCACUACGUCGAGGGCGGAGACUUUGGCAAUCGUGAGGAUAAGAUCAAUGAACUUAUCAGCCGUAUGGUUUAA